ACGAUGGUGGCGGCGCGGCCCGGCUGUGGCGGCGGCGGUGGCGGCGGAACGGGCGGCAAGGCGUAGAAAAUGGCGGAUUUCGAGGAGCUGCGGAAUAUGGUAUCAAGUUUUCGUGUUUCUGAACUUCAAGUAUUGUUGGGCUUUGCUGGGCGUAAUAAAAGUGGACGGAAACAUGACCUCCUAAUGAGGGCUCUGCACUUACUGAAGAGUGGCUGCAGCCCAGCAGUGCAGAUAAAAAUCCGAGAACUCUAUAGACGUCGUUACCCAAGGACGAUUGAAGGACUCUCUGACUUAUCAGCUAUAAAACCUGCAGUUUUCAAUCUGGAUAGCAGUUCCUCUCCCGUGGAGCCUGACCUGGCUGUUGCUGGCAUUCACCCCCUCCCUUCUACUUCUGUCACACCUCAGUCUCCUUCCUCACCUGUCAGCUCCGUGCUCCUUCAGGACACUAAGGCUCACUUUGAAAUGCAGCAGCCAUCACCUCCCAUCCCACCUGUCCAUCCCGACGUCCAGCUGAAGAGCUUGCCUUUUUAUGAUGUGCUUGAUGUACUCAUAAAGCCUACAAGUCUAGUACAGAGCAGUAUUCAACGAUUCCAAGAAAAAUUUUUUAUCUUUGCUUUGACACCUCAGCAGGUCAGAGAGAUCUGUAUUUCCAGGGACUUCUUGCCAGGGGGCAGGAGAGAUUACACAGUCCAAGUUCAGCUAAGGUUAUGCCUAGCAGAGACAAGCUGUCCUCAAGAAGAUAAUUACCCUAAUAGUUUGUGCAUUAAAGUAAAUGGGAAGCUGUUUCCAUUGCCGGGAUAUGCUCCACCACCGAAAAAUGGGAUUGAACAGAAGCGACCUGGGCGCCCCUUGAAUAUAACCUCUCUAGUUAGGUUGUCAUCAGCAGUGCCAAACCAAAUUUCCAUUUCCUGGGCUUCUGAAAUUGGAAAGAGUUACUCCAUGUCUGUGUAUCUCGUUCGUCAGCUCACUUCAGCUAUGCUUUUGCAGAGGUUAAAAAUGAAAGGUAUCAGAAACCCUGAUCAUUCCAGAGCACUAAUUAAAGAAAAACUAACAGCAGAUCCUGACAGUGAGAUUGCCACCACCAGUCUGCGGGUGUCUCUGAUGUGUCCUCUGGGGAAAAUGAGACUGACAAUCCCAUGCCGGGCUGUCACUUGCACACACCUGCAGUGUUUUGAUGCUGCUCUUUAUCUCCAAAUGAAUGAAAAGAAGCCUACCUGGAUCUGUCCUGUCUGCGACAAAAAGGCAGCUUAUGAGAGCCUGAUACUAGAUGGACUCUUUAUGGAAAUCCUUAAUGAAUGUUCAGAUGUGGAUGAGAUUAAAUUCCAGGAAGAUGGUUCCUGGUGCCCUAUGAGGCCUAAAAAAGAUGCUGUUAAAGUCUCAAGUCCACAGUGCACCAAAAUAGAAAGUUCCAGUGUUGUUAGCAAACCAUGUUCUGUGACGGUGGCCAGUGAGGUAAACAAGAAGAAAGUUGAUGUUAUUGACUUGACUAUAGAAAGCUCUUCUGAUGAAGAGGAAGAUCCUCCAGCCAAAAGGAAGUGCAUAUUCAUGUCUGAAACUCAAGGAAGCCCAACCAAAGGGGUUCUCAUGUAUCAGCCAUCCUCUGUCAGAGUGCCCAGUGUGACAACGGUUGAUACUGCUGCUAUUCCUCCGUCGUUAACAGACUACCCCGUGCCAUUCCACCACCCACCAAUGUCCAGCAUUUCCUCAGACUUGCCAGGUUUGGAUUUCCUUUCACUAAUUCCAGUUGAAUCACAGCAGUACUGUCCUCCUAUGUUUUUGGAUAGUCUCACCUCAACCUUAACAAGCAACACGCCUGGCAGCAUCAUCACAUCGACCAGUCACCACGAGAGCAACACACACGUUAGCUCCUCCAACAGGAGUGAGACGGGAGUUAUAACCAGCAGCAGCGGCAGUGCUCCUGACAUCAUCUCACUGGACUGAAACAAGAGGCAGCAUUGGAACUCCAGGAGAAAUUGCACACAGCUGCUGCUUGUAUCUCUGGAACUUCAGCAUCUCCGAAGUUACUCUGAUAUUUAUUGAAAGGAUCUGCCUUAUGGAAAAUGACGUAAAUUCAUUUACAUUAGGGACAGAAGUGAUAGAACUUUUUUUUUCUCGCUUAUUAAAUAGUUGGUAUAGGAGAGGCCCCUUCAGAACAUGCGUUUUGUGUUUCUGCAUUGUUCUGGGGAAACUGACAUGUUGGAUGGAUACAACAAAUGUUUAAUUUUGAGGAUGACAGAGCACAGGCAGCCCAGAGAGGUGGUGGAGUCUUCUUCUCUAGAGAUACUCAAGGCCUGCCUGGAUGCUUUCCUGCUUGACCUUCUGUAGGGAACUGCUUUAGCAGGGGGUUGGAUUAACUGAUCUCAAGGUCCCUUCCAACCCCUGUGAUUCUAUGAUUUGUUGUAAAACAGCAAUAAUGUAAAAACAGACUUUUUUUUUUUAAAUAAAAAAGGCACUUAACCACUCUAAAAAAAACAACAACCUGGAAAAUGGUGCAAAGAUAGAUGGUGAAUUUUUAAUAUUUUCACUGGGGCCGGUAAUAAACUUCAUUUAAGACAAUGAA